AGUGAACGUGGGAUGCGGAGCUGCGGCUUCCCGGCAGCGGAACUCGCUGGAUGUUCUCGCUUGGAGAUCUGCGCCGCGCUGGUGAUGUUCAGCCCGUCCUCUGCCGUGAGCCCGUGCCCCUCGCCGCGGGUGCCCCAGGCCGUCCCCAUGGACCUGCGCAUCGGGCAGCGCCUGCUCAAGCCCCAGGACACGGCGCUGCUGGCCCUGAAGCAGCAGCAGCUGCAGCACCAGCUCUUCCUGGCCAGCCUGCACCAGCAGCAAGUGGAGCAGCUGGCCCACCAGCACGUCAGGGUGGCCAUGGAGUCCCCGCACCACGAGGCUGAGCCGGGCCAGCAGGAGCAGGAGCUGCGCCAGAUCCUCAACAAGGACAAGAGCAAGAGGAGUGCCGUGGCCAGCACGGUGGUGAAGCAGAAGUUGGCCGAGGUCAUCCUGAAGAAGCAGCAGGCGGCUCUGGAGAGGACCAGCAAUGCCCCCGCUGCAGCCCUACCCUACAGGUCUCUGGAGCCCCUGGAGCCCGAGGGUCCCUCCCCUGCCAUGCUCAGCACGUUCCUGUCCCCUGUGCCCAGCACUUCUCUGGACACCCCCGAGCACUUCCCGCUGCGGAAAACAGCGUCCGAGCCCAACCUGAAGGUUCGCUGCAAGCCCAGGAAGUGCCUGGAGCGGCGCAAGAACCCCCUGACCCGCAAGGAGAGCGCCCCCCCCUCGCUCAAGAGGCGCCCGCCCGACGCCAUCGACUCGUCCCCCAGCAGCAGCAGCACCCCCGUGUCGGGCUGCAGCUCUCCCAACGACAGCCUGCCCGCCGAGCACGCCGCGCUGCCCGCUGCCCCCGGCGGGGCCCACGAGACGCCGCUGGCGCAGCGGCUGCUGAUGCAGGAGAGCUCCCUGGCGCAGUUUGCCCUGCAGAGCGCGGCCUCCCUGCCGGCCAUCACCCUGGGGCUGCCGGCCACCACCGGUGCCAGGGGUGACACAGAGCGCCGGGCGCUGCCCAGCCUGGCUCACCGGGUCCCGGUGCUCAAUGGCCCCGUGCUCCCGGGCUCGCACCCGCCCGUCUUCAUCCCGGCCAGCCUGGAGCAGCACGAGGCCGGCAGCGCCCUGUCCCCCCGGCUGCAGCCCGUCAUCAUCCUCGAGCCCUCGGUCACCCACGCGCCGCUGGUGGCGGUGCCAGGCCUGGGGGCCGUGCCCUUCUCCUUCACCCCGUCGCUGGUGCCCGCGGAGCGCCUGGCACUGCCCGGGCAGCACAAACCGCUGGGCAGGACCCGCUCGGAGCCGCUGCCGCCCAGCCCCAGGGCCGUGCAGCAGCACCUGCUCUACCAGCAGCACCACGCCCACUUCCUCGAGAGGCUCAAGCAGCAAACGCACCUGGGCAAGCGCAUGGCCAAGUCCAGCGAGAAGCCCCGGCUGCGGCAGAUCCCGUCCUCGGAGGACAUGGAGGCCGAGGGGACCCUCCCGGAGGCGGCGGCCGAGGCUGCGGAGCCCGGCAGGGCCCGGGUGGAGCCGGCCCGGCCCGGCAGCAGCGGCAAGGAGCCCGAGAGGACGCAGAAGAUGGGGCAGCCCCAGGAGGAGCUGGUCCUGCAGCAGGCCCUGCUGUGGGACUCCUUCCAGCGGGUGCAGCAGCAGCUCCUCAAGCGCCAGCCCCUGGCCGACCCCCCCGCGCUGCCCCCCGGCCACCGGCCCCUGUCCCGGGCCCAGUCGUCCCCGGCCACGGCCACCGUGUCCCUCCCUGCCCAGGACACCAAGGCGCUGGCACUGCCCGUGCAGGAGCAGCCUAAGCCACACUUCACCACAGGGCUGGUUUAUGACUCGGUGAUGCUGAAGCACCAGUGCUCCUGCGGGGACAACAGCAACCACCCCGAGCACGCGGGCAGGAUCCAGAGCAUCUGGUCCCGGCUGCAGGAGCGGGGCCUGCGCAGCCGCUGCGAGUGCCUGCGAGGCCGCAAGGCCACCCUGGAGGAGCUGCAGUGCGUGCACAGCGAGCGCCACGUGCUGCUCUACGGCACCAACCCCCUGAACCGCCUCAAACUGGACAACGGCAAGCUGGCAGGGAUCCUGUCCCAGAGGACGUUUGUGAUGCUGCCCUGUGGAGGGGUGGGGGUGGACAGUGACACCAUCUGGAACGAGCUGCACUCGUCCAACGCCGCGCGCUGGGCCGCGGGCAGCGUCACCGAGCUGGCCUUCAAGGUGGCCACCAGGGAGCUGAAGAACGGCUUUGCCGUGGUGCGGCCGCCCGGACACCACGCGGAUCCAUCCACGGCCAUGGGGUUCUGCUUCUUCAACUCGGUGGCCAUCGCUGCCAGGCAGCUGCAGCAGAAGGGGAAGCUCAGCAAGAUCCUCAUCGUGGACUGGGACGUUCACCACGGCAACGGGACCCAGCAGAUUUUCUACAGGGACCCCGAGGUUCUCUACAUCUCCCUGCACCGCCACGACGACGGCAACUUCUUCCCGGGCAGCGGGGCUGCUGAUGAGGUGGGCGCUGGCCCUGGCGAGGGCUUCAACGUCAACGUGGCCUGGGCUGGGGGGCUCGACCCCCCCAUGGGGGACCCCGAGUACCUGGCUGCCUUCAGGACCGUGGUGAUGCCCAUUGCCCACGAGUUCUGCCCCGACGUGGUGCUGGUGUCGGCCGGAUUCGACGCAGCCGAGGGGCACCCGCCCCCCUUGGGGGGCUACAAAGUCUCUGCCAAGUGUUUUGGCUACAUGACCAAGCAGCUGAUGAGCCUGGCGGGGGGGGCCGUGGUGCUGGCUCUGGAGGGGGGGCACGACCUCACGGCCAUCUGUGACGCGUCCGAGGCCUGCGUGUCCGCCCUGCUGGGCCACGAGCCGGAGCCGCUCCCCGAGGACAGCCUGAGGCAGAAGCCCAACGCCAACGCCGUGCGCUCCCUGGAGGCCGUGAUCCAGGUCCAGAGCAGAUACUGGGUGGCCGUGCAGCGCUUUGCCUCCAAGCUGGGCUGCUCCUUCCUCGAGGCUCAGCACCACGAGGCCGACGAGGUGGAGACGGUCACGGCCCUGGCGUCGCUCUCGGUGGCCGUGAUGGUGGAGAAGAGGGCACAGGAGGAGCCCAUGGAGCAGGAGGAGCCCAUGAACCAGUGACCCUUGGGGACAUUCCCGGCGUGGCCGCAGCCCCCGAAGAUCCCGAUCCCGUUUGUCCCCCUGGCUCCCGAGGCCCUGGGCGGGCCUGGACUCCUGGAAGGGACAUUCCCACAUCCAGCAGGACGGGAGCACGGAGAGCCCCGAGCCUGGACUGUGCCCAAGCCCCCUCCCCAAUUCUGGGACCCCUCGAUGGGGGUGAAGCCCCCCAGCCCUGCGGCACUGACCCCCCAUCCCGGGACCCUCCUCAGGGGGAAGGGCCGGACGUUGGGAUGGACGCUGGGACCACCCUGGGGACGGCUCCCAUAUGGAAACCCAACCAUGCCGGGGUUUGCUCCAGGGGAUGGGAUCUCCGUGCCCUCUCCUGAGGCUCCCUG